AUGCUCGGCAUGAUGAACUCGCCUUCUGAUUCUGUGGAAUUCUACGCCACAAAUCGAAAAGUGUCCGAUGAAGUUUCCGUUGAAAAUCCAGAAUUGAAAAAGUUCACAGAAGUCAAAAAGAAGGAUGUGGUUUCGUACACAGAAGAUGGUCGUAAAAUGAUAAAUGGAAAGCUGGUCACUGAAACUGAUGCUCCAACACUAUGGAGUUCAGCUUUGCUCCGUGGAAGGAUCCAUACAAUCACUGGAUCCCCAAUCAGCGAAAAGGAACAGAAGAAAGAACGUGAAAAUGUGCGUCGCAACUCCAAGAAAUUGGGUAGAACCAUUGCUGUGGUCGCCUCGCUUCAGAGAAUGGAAUCCACUGAAGUCAUUGGACAAGAAUCCGAUGUUCCACAACCAGUCGCAAUCACCCCGGUUACAGUUGUUGGCUCUUCCAGUCCUCCCGAAUAA